AUGACGAUCACACAGGAGCUGAAGGUCAAGUCUUUCGAGACACGGCUAUUCAUCAAUGGAAAGUUUGUAGAGUCGUCGGACGGCGGCAAGUUCGAUCUGAUUUCUCCUACCACAAAUGAGAAGUUCGCCGAAGCAACGGAGCAGGAUGCAAAUGCAGCUGUCGCCGCGGCAAAGGCCGCUUUCCCGGCCUGGUCCGCCCUCUCCCCGUCGGAGAAAGGGGUCUACUUCAAGAAGCUGGCUGCCCUGAUCAUCGAAUCACACGAUGAGCUGGCUGAAUUAGAGGCCAUGUCCAUGGGUCGCCCCGUGUCGAAUUAUUUCGAGUCUUACGUGGCCGCGGAGUCACUGAACCAUUACGCCGAAGCGGGAUACCAGGCUCUUGGGACCUCGAGCUUGAACACGCCUGGCUUUGUGAACAUUACGAUGCGUCAGCCGUACGGUGUUGUUGCCGCUAUUAUCCCUUGGAAUGUCCCGGUUCUCUUUUUGAUUGGCAAGACUGCUCCUGCUUUGAUGGCCGGCAACACGGUCGUCGUGAAGAGCAGUGAGAAAGCCCCCCUCACAUCGGUGAAAAUUGCAACCCUCGUGGAAAAGGCCGGGUUCCCUCCUGGGGUCAUCAACAUUAUUUCCGGUCAUGGUCAAAUUUCGGGCAACGUGUUGUCGCAUCACAUGGAUGUCCGCGUAGUGAGCUUCACAGGCUCUGGUAGAACCGGUCGUCUCAUCCAACAAGCGGCAGCGAAGUCCAAUUUGAAGAACGUCAUUUUGGAGCUUGGGGGAAAGUCUCCAGCUAUCAUUUUCCCCGAUGCCAACCUUGAAAGGGCUGUCAAAGAAACCGCGCACAGUAUUCAAUGGAACAGCGGGCAGGUCUGCAUGGCAAACUCCCGCAUUUACGUGCAUGAAUCUAUUGCACCCAAGUUCAUUGAGCUUUUCCAGAAGAGCUUUGCUGAGAUCAAAAGUGGCGACCCGCUGCUGCCGAGCACGAACCAUGGCCCCCAGGCUGAUGGAAUUCAGUAUAAGCAGGUGCAAGCGUACAUCGAGGAAGGUAAGAAGGCCGGUAAGAUGACUAUUGGAUCGGAGCCGUCGGAGCAGAAAAAUGGGUUCUUCGUUCAGCCCACGGUUUUCCUUGACACCCCCGAAAACGCCAAGAUCAUGAAGGAAGAAAUCUUUGGCCCGGUUGUGAAUAUCAACACAUUCAAGGAUGAAGACGAGGUCGUCGCUAAAGCCAACGAUACCGAAUACGGUCUCUAUGCUGCAGUCUACACGAAGGAUGUCAGCCGAGCUCUCCGAAUGGCGAAGAAGUUGGAUUCAGGCAGUGUUGGUGUUAAUUGUACCAGCCCGUCGGGCGCUCGCGACAUGCCGUUUGGAGGCUACAAAGCCAGUGGUAUUGGCCGUGAAGGCUGGACUGUUAGCAUUGACAACUAUCUAGAGCACAAGAGUGUGCUCAUUCGAGUCGACGAGGAAUAG